AUGUUUGGUGAAUCCUUAACACAAUGGUUGCGCGAUCUUCGAACUGUCGACAAACGCAGAGCCUGGCAAGCCCUCACCAUCUAUCUCUUACCAAAUAUCACCUACCUCGAAUCGUUCCGCGAUGAGCCGGGCACAAUUUGCACCAUCGAUUGCGCGAAGCCACUCUCCACCCAAGUACAGAGAGGGGUACAGUUGUAA